GGAAGGGCAUUAGGUGCUAGGCUACUGGGUUGGGCCCUGUAAUACAUUGAUUACUUUCUUUGUUGCUGAUGAAUUUUGCAGUUUUGUUUUGAAAUUUACUUGAGCAUGUUUGGCACAUUGCUUUAUCUACAUGAGAAAGACAGUGUUAUUCCAAUUAAACCUGAAAAUUGGAAGUAGAUCAGCAUAUAUACCCCUUGUUUCAACUAUGUGUAUCAUAAUUAUUGUUGUAGGUUUUUCCUUGAUGAAAAUGAGCUGAGUUUAGCUCUCUAUAUUAUUCUUACCUGGAUUCUUUAUUUAGUACAUGUUCAGAUGAUGCUCAAAGUUACAGUUCAUAGUCUCGAGCCGUUUCUUUGCUUUGCAGAGAGGUAGGAUGAUUAAGUAAACUCUUUGAAGAUCAGGUACAAGAUACAUGCAGUGAUUUCAGUGAUCAAGAGGUCUGUGGGACCAAUGUCGUUAUUCUAAAAUUGUGCUCCCCACCAAAGUUUCUAAAAUCUGAUCAUACCAAAGGAAUUGGUGGAACUCCAUUUGAAGUUGAUGAGGAAGAUUGGCAAAUCCGUUACAGCAGACAGAUGGGAAAAAUAUUUGAUCAAGAUAUGCCAAGAAUUUAACAGCACCUGGGCUUGGGAGAUGGAGAAGAAGGGCUAUCUUGAAAUGAGUGUUGAAUGUAAAUUAGCACUCUUAAAGUAUCUCUGCGAGUGUCAGUUUGAUGACAAUCUUAAAUUCAAGAACAUUAUUAAUGAGGAGGAUGCUGAUACUAUGCGUCUCCAACCAAUUGGACGAGACAAAGAUGGCCUAAUGUACUGGUACCAGUUGGAUCAGGAUCACAAUGUCAGAAUGUACAUAGAAGAACAAGAUGAUCAAGAUGGCUCUUCAUGGAAAUGCAUUGUCAGAAAUCGAAAUGAAUUGGCUGAGACCCUUGCACUCCUGAAAGCGCAGAUUGAUCCUGUACUGUUGAAAAACUCUAGCCAGCAGGACACCUCUUCCCGGGAGAGUCCUAGCCUAGAGGAUGAGGAGACUAAAAAGGAGGAAGAAACACCUAAACAAGAGGAACAGAAGGAAGGCGGAAAGAUGAGAGGUGAAGAGCAGCCAGCGAAACCAGAAAACCAUCCUGCGGCCAAUAUUGUAGAGGAGACUACUGUGAAAAUAGAAAGGGAAGAUGAAAAAGAUCUUGUGAAACUGCCAGUUAUAGUCAAGCUAGAAAAAUCUCCUCCAGAAGUUGAAGAAAAAAAAAUGAUCAAAGAAGAAAGUGAUUCUUUCAAGGAAAAUGUCAAACCCAUUAAAGUUGAAAUAAAUGACUCCAGAGCAGACCCUAAGGAUACCAAAGGUAACCCAGAGAAGCUGGUGCCACAGGAGCCCGAGAGGUUCGAAUUCAGUUGUAACAUGAAGUGUUCUCAAGACAUUACAGAGAAAUCUCCUGAGGAGACAGAGAAGCUGAAAAAUGACCAGCAAGCCAAGAUACCACUAAAAAAAAGAGAAAUCAAGCUGAGUGAUGACUUUGACAGUCCAGUGAAAGGAACUUUGUGUAAAUCCGUUACUCCAACAAAAGAGUUUUUGAAAGAUGAAAUAAAACAGGAAGAGGAGACUUGUAAAAGGGUUUCUACAAUCACCACUCUGUGUCAUGAAGGGAAGCAAAUGGUAAAUGGAGAAGUGAGUGAUGAAAAGGUAACUGGAAAUGUUAAGGCAGAACACAUUGAAGCAAAGUUCUGUGAAACAAAGGAAGAUGUGCACAGUAGCCCUUCUAAGGACAAAAGUGUCAUGGAGGGAAAUGGAACAGAGACCCUAAGUUCUGUCAUCACCAAUAUGAAAACAGGAGAGCAAGAGAAAGAAGGGGCCCCUGCAGGGAAAGACACAGGAGGUGCCAUGGCAACCCCAGAGACCCAGAAUCAAAAAGGGCAAAUAAAAGAGCCUGGUCAGCCGGCAAUGGAAACCUCUCUUGAGUCUUCUGAGUUGGCAAAAGCUCUCUGUAUAACAGCUGCUGUAUCUACCACUGAGUCAUGUGCCACGAAAGUGGAAGACAGGUCUCCUAAGGCUAAGACAGAUACCCGUCCACCUGUCAUGGAGUGUCUUGAAAAGUCAGAGAAGUGCAAAAGGACUCUUUUUGAUAAGGAUUUGCAGAGACUGAGUCCUAUACCAGAGGAAGUUCCGAGGAGUACUCUAGAAUCAGAAAAACUGGGCUCUCCAGGGAAAGCUGAAACUUCACCAUCUAAGGCCACAUCGCACUGUGACCAAAUAGCCGUUGAAAAUCAACGGGCAGAAAGCCAGAAUACAAGUCCUGUUGGGGGUUAUUCUCUGGAAAAGACAGAUGCUCUUAAAGAGGAUUCAGAAUCCAUGAAGGUGGAAAUGGAUAAUCCAGACAAUGCCCAGACCUCUGGCAUAGAGGAGCCUUCUGAACCAAAAGGUUCUAUGCAGAAAAGCAAAUUCAAGUAUAAGUUGGUUCCUGAAGAAGAAAACAUUGCCACAGAAAAUACAGAGAUAACCUCUGAAAGGCAGAAAGAGGGCAUCAAGUUAACAAUUAGGAUAUCGAGUCGAAAGAAGAAGACGGAGUCUCCUCCCAAAAUUCUAGAACUAGGACAAAAGCAAGAGAAGACAGAAAAGGAGGAAGAGAAGACAAAUAUUGGUCGUACGUUAAGGAGAUCUCCAAGAAUAUCUAGGCCUACAGCAAAAGUGGCUGAAAUCAGAGACCAGAAAGCGGAUAAAAAAAGAGGGGAGGGAGAGGAUGAAGUAGAAGAAGAGUCAGCAGCUUCACAAAAAACAGACAGAAAAGAAAACCAGAAAAAAAUGGAGAAAGAUACACAUUCUAAAAUAAGCAAGGUAAAACCCAAAGGCAAAGUUCGAUGGACUGGUUCUCGAACACGCGGCAGGUGGAAAUACUCCAGUAAUGAUGAGAGUGAAGGGUCUGACAGUGAAAAGUCAUCUGCAGCUUCAGAAGAGGAAGAGGAGAAGGGGAGUGAAGAAGCCAUUGUUGCAGAUGAUGAUGAACCUUGCAAAAAGUGUGGCCUCCCAAACCAUCCUGAACUCAUCCUCCUGUGUGACUCCUGUGACAGUGGAUACCACACUGCUUGUCUUCGCCCUCCUCUGAUGAUCAUCCCUGACGGAGAGUGGUUCUGCCCGCCUUGCCAACAUAAACUCUUGUGUGAAAAAUUAGAGGAACAGUUGCAAGAUUUGGAUGUGGCCUUAAAGAAGAAGGAGCGUGCUGAACGAAGGAAAGAACGCUUGGUGUAUGUUGGUAUCAGUAUUGAAAACAUCAUUCCUCCACAGGAACCGGAUUUUUCCGAAGAUCAAGAAGAAAAGAAAAAAGAUUCUAAAAAGACCAAAGUUAACUUACUGGAAAGGAGAUCAACAAGAACACGGAAAUGUAUUAGUUACAGGUUCGAUGAGUUUGAUGAAGCAAUUGAUGAAGCUAUAGAAGAUGAUAUCAAAGAGGCUGAUGGAGGAGGAGUUGGCCGAGGAAAAGAUAUAUCUACCAUUACAGGUCACCGUGGUAAAGACAUUUCUACAAUUUUGGAUGAAGAAAGAAAAGAAAAUAAGCGACCCCAGAGGGCAGCAGCUGCUCGACGGAAGAAACGCCGGCGACUGAACGAUCUGGACAGCGACAGCAACCUGGAUGAAGAGGAGAGUGAGGAUGAAUUCAAGAUCAGUGACGGAUCUCAAGAUGAGUUUGUUGUGUCUGAUGAAAACCCAGAUGAAAGUGAGGAAGACCCACCAUCUAAUGAUGACAGUGACACUGAUUUCUGCAGCCGCAGACUGAGGAGACACUCCUCACGGCCAAUGAGGCAAAGUAGGCGCUUGCGGAGAAAGAUCCCAAAGAAAAAAUACUCUGAUGAUGAUGAAGAGGAGGAAUCUGAGGAGAACAGUAGAGACUCUGAAAGUGACUUUAGCGACGAUUUUAGUGAUGAUUUUGUAGAAACUCGGCGAAGGCGGUCAAGGAGGAACCAGAAGAGACAAAUUAACUAUAAAGAAGAUUCAGAAAGUGAUGGUUCCCAGAAAAGUAUACGACGUGGCAAAGAAAUCAGACGAAUUCACAAACGCCGGCUUUCCACUUCAGAAAGUGAAGAGAGCUAUAUGUCCAAGAACUCAGAAGAUGAUGAGCUAGCUAAAGGAUCAAAGCGCUCAGCUCGAAAGCGAGGCCGAAGUACAGAUGAGUAUUCCGAAGCAGAGGAAGACGAGGAAGAGGAAGGCAAACCAUCCCGCAAACGGCUGCACAGGAUUGAGACAGAUGAGGAGGAGAAUUGUGACAAUGCUCCUGGAGCUGUCGAGCCUCCUGCCCGCGAUGGCCAGUCCAGGAUCCUUCCCUCAGAGCACGAGAGCACCAAGAAGCCCUACCGGAUAGAAAGUGACGGGGAAGAGGACUUCGAAAACGUGGGCAAAGUGGGGAGCCCACUGGACUACAGCUUAGUGGACUUGCCUUCCACUAAUGGACAGAGUCCUGGCAAAGCCAUUGAGAACUUGAUUGGUAAGCCAGCUGAGAAGCCUCUGACCCCCAAGGACAACAGCACAGCCAGUGCAAGCCUAGCCCCCAAUGGGACGAGUGGAGGGCAGGAGGCAGGGGCCCCGGAGGAGGAAGAAGAUGAGCUGUUGAGAGUGACUGACCUUGUUGAUUAUGUCUGUAACAGUGAACAGUUAUAAGACUUUUUUUUUCCAUUUUUAUGCUAAUUUAUUCCAUGGUAGCUCUCACACCAGCGGGCCAGUUAUUCAAAGCUGUUUAAUUUUCCUAGAAAACUCCUACAGAAUGACUUUUUAGAAGAAAAAUUUCAACAGACCUUGGAUUCUUUCUGUGAAAUGACCAGUUUCAAACUUUGAAGAUAAUUGCUGUAAAUUCCUUUUGAUUUUCUUUUUCCAAGUUCAUGGUCCUUGGUAAUUUCACUCAUGAAAAAAAAAUCUUAUUAUAAUAACAACAAAGAUUUGUAUAUUUUUGACUUUGUAUUUCCUGAGCUGUCCUGACUUUGUGGGGGAAAAAAAAAGGUGGAUAAGAAUGCAUUCCAAACCUGUGAGGGCCCAAAAUCGAAUUUAGGGGUGGGAGAAAGCACUUGUGCUUUAGCUUUUUCAUAUUAAAUAUAUAUUCUAUUUAAGCAUUCAUGGCAUAGGUGAUAGUGAACAGACUGAUCAAAAGUUCAAGUCUGUACUGUUGAGAAUUGUAGAUAACAUUCAUACAUAAGUCAUUUAGUAACAGCCUUCGUGAAAUCAACUUGUUUACUAUUGGAGAUAACCACGCUUAAUAAAGAAGAGACCAUGAAAGACCAUCAUUAAAAAAAACAAAACACCUUUAACCUAAGUUUCUGUUAUAGUGGAGUUUCUUGUUUUGUUUUGUCUUGUUUUAAUCAUCUGAAAAGCGUUUGUAUAGUAAAAUGUAUAAUGAAGCUUUGACAACCACAUUGCGCUAGGAACAAAUAUUUUAAAAAUAGCUUUAUGCUGUGGUUAUCUGGUGGCCUUGAACAUACUAUAUCUGAUGGAGAGUUAUUAGUAAAAUGACUGCGGUCCUCCAUAAGACUCAGAUGGAAUGUAAACUUCGCCUACAUUGUAACUCUUGUCUUCUGGCCACUUGAUGUUUAAAUAUCUUGUGUGUCAUUUUCGAAGAAAUACAUCUAUGUAUAAAAUACAAGAAAAGAUGCUAAGCUGACAAUGGUAUUUUAGCACAUUUCAAGAUGGGGAAGGGAUUUUCAGGUGAAUUUUAACUGGUCUGUUCUUGCCCUUGGUAUCUACUUCAAAUUGAAGUCUACAAACAAAGCAGUUCCUUUGGGAGGUUUUUAGUUUGUCUAUGUGUGUGUGUGUGUGUGAGUUGUGUGCGUGUGCAUCUCUGUGUGUUGGAAUUUCCUAUCUGCCUGGAUAUAUUAGCAGGGUUUGAAUGUAGAUUUUGGCCUUUGGCCAUUAGACUUCUAUUAAAAUUCUUUAAUAAUCACAUAACCAACAUAGAGAUGAGUGAGAACUGCUAAUAUGCUUCAUAGGCACCACAUCCAUUUAAAAUAUCUCAAUAAUUUAAUGAAAAAGAAGCCUUUGUUUCCAGAAAAGGUGGUUUGUAACUAACUAAAUACUUAACACAUGAUAUGGACACUAAAAUGUGAGCUUUGUCUUACUUAGUUUGUCUUACUUAGUUUCUGUUACAGCUGUAAAAUUUGGGGCAGAACCAAACAUUGUAUAGAGUGUAGCACUUGCAUUCAACCUUUCCUGUCCAAAUCUGAAACCUUCAACUAGUACUUCUGUGAAUACCUUUGCCCUGGGGUUUGGGGUUUUCUGUUCCAGUGUUGUGUCUGUUGCCGGCAAUGGACACAACUGUAUCUGCUGCUGGCCCAAGGAACUUCAUUGAGUUUUCUUCCCAAAUUAUACAUUAUAUGUGCUAGUUUGUGUAUAGGAAAGCACUUCUCUUUUUUAUUAUUAAAAAGCUGGCAUUAGAUAUACAUUAUAAAUACCUCUGUAAAAACUUUAUGCUACUCCUUUUUCUUCCUCAAGAGGUUUUGCCCUUAAAUCAUAUAUUUUGGCCUUGAAAGUUUAUAGCUGUUGUUUUUCAGUCAUCAUGGGUUGUUGUUUAGCUUUAGUUUUGUAGUUAUCCAUCCACUUAUAUUUUUUGCUUUGACUCUAGCAAUGUGUAUGUGCUUGCAUAAAAAAAAAAUAAUGAAAGCAGCCUAGAAACAGAAUGCACUGAUAGCAAGUGGUUCCAAGCAAGUUAUGAAUUUUUGUGUUUGUUUUGAGAUAAUGUUCCACUGGAAGGGAGAGGAAGCAGUUUCAGAGACGGUGAAGCAGGCCUGUGAGAGGAGGAGCCUCCAUUCCAGCUAGGUUUUUUGUUUGUUUGUUUUAAGCUAAAACUUUUAACUAUCUACAACAGACAAGCAGUACAAAAGAUUCCUACUAGUGCAAGGUAAGUGGUUCAUACAUGCAGGCGGUCCUUCCUGCUACCCAGUCUCCCUCUCACAUUUUUAAACCUGCAGUUGGGUACAUCCACUAUCAAGUAGCAGCUCCCCCAUGUGCCCUGUCUCUACCUCUAGACACACCAGCUCCUACUUCCAUCUGUUAGUGCUAUUCCUCAUUUAAGCAGGUUAUCACUAAGAUUAGUGGGUAGAUAUUUACUUUUACAACACUCCUAGUGUGAAACAGUUCUUUGUACUCUUCUGCUAUAGAAAGUCCCAGGUAAUUUUUUUUUUUUAACAGUGAAGACUGCGUAUUCCAUUUAGCAUAUGUCCUGCUGCCAUGGGACAUCCUAUGCUGCUAUUUAUCAGAGUUGAGAUGAAGUGUCAGCUUCAAUGGGUAUAUUCCUUUCAGCGUUACAGUGUGAUAAAACUGGUUAACCAUGGUCCAUCUACCACAGUUGUAAUGCAGCAGCUGAUAUGUAAAGUGAUUACUAUGCAAGUCAGUGGAUUGUAGCUGAUUAAACUUUGGAGAGUUAGAAAGUAGUUGUGCUGCUUGGCAUUUAGAUUGAGUUUCAGAGUGUCCACUGAAAUACUCUCUGAGAAAGUUUUAGAUAAGAAUCAUUACAAGAAAACAUAAAUAUUUCCCUAUCUGAAAGAGAAUACAAUCAUUAGGAACUGGGAUCCUUAUUAGAGCAUUAGCCAUGGACUUAGACUGUCAGUAGCUCCUUGUAUAUGAUUGAGCCCAUUAAUAAUUUAUGCCCCCUUUGUUCGAAAUACAAGUUGGACUCUUAUCAUGCUCUGUAUUUUACAACAGAUGUAUUAAGGGGAAAUGUAGUUUAGUAGUCAGAAGUUUCAAUUUCUGUAAAGCUUUGAAAACUAGCCCAAAUUUUUACUGUGCAGAAGCUUUGUAUUAAAAUACAUGUGAAAAGGAUUCAGAUAAAGUAUAUGUUUUGGUUUUGUGCAUUUGCGCUGAUCAAAGAGUGUUUGGUGUAAAACUUUUUAAAUUGUUUUAAUUACUAAAAAAUGGUGACAGAGGGAUUUUCAACAACAUGCAUGAUGCUUUGAAGUUCUGCUUCCUUGACACCCUUUCCAGCUGGUCAAUGUUAACAGCUUCAGAGGGUAAAGGCUUGCAUUCAUGCCUGCUGGAAAUCUAACAAACAAGCAAAAAAAGCAGGGCGACUGCCAAAGAAUUAAGAAGUUCACAUGCUAAUGAAGUUAGUGAAAAAGCAUUUUAAAAAUUAGUUUUAAAAGGAUAUUACACACUGUCCAGAUUUCAUUUUUUCAUUGAUGGUAUUAUAUCAUAAUAAGAUACUAUGCCAUGCCAUAUUAAGGCGUUUAAGCAAAGUGCAUAUAUCGUAAAAUAUGGACAUUUAUUUAAAAUCAUGGGGAAAUGUUAGCUAUUUUUAAUUAGUAUUGAUGGAAUUUCCUUUGGGGGAAUGCAUUUUUAGUUCGUUUUUGUGAACAUAAGAGAUGUUAAGCAUCCACUAGUUUGUUCUACCUGACAGCUACUAACAACUUAACGAGUCUACAAUUUUGUGUUUAGAAAAACACGUGAAAUCCAUUCUUCACCAGUGGAAUAGGUCCAUAAUGCAGACUGUUUCCUCACAGAUAUCAUAGAACAAAUAUUCAAAGGUCACAUCUUAAAAAGAUAUUUUAGGUAUUAGAAUAAUUAAAAAUCAAUCCAUCAUGCAUUGUAACAUACAGAAAAUGAGGAAAGUCUAGAGAGCAAUAGUUUCUCUUGUUUGACACUUUGAUAUUAAAUACCAGAUUGUCCAGGAAACAGAAUAUGCAUAGUCUGCCCAGAUACUAUAAUCAACCUCAUCCUCCCCUGUUCAACAUGAUUCAUUAUUACUAAACAUCCUUAGAAUAUAGCUCAUUCCUGUUUUAUCCACCAUUCCCUGUGUGUACUUGUAAACUCACCAUGGAAAUGGUAAGCUGAUUUCUUUCUCAUUGUUUCUAUAGCAAUCCCAAAGGGCCAUUGUUAUUAAUGUGUUUAAACUGGAUUAUUGUUCUUACCUGUUAACAUAAUGAUUUGCUUCAAAAUAUUUUACUCCAAUUUAAAUUUUCUAAUUAUUUGGGUGCCAAGAACUUCUCAGUAAGUCUGCAGAUACGCUGAAGGUAGAUCAUUCCUAAGUAAGCAAGCAAUUGUAAGCCAAACUAUAGAAAGCUGGGUGUAGCCACUGUAGAUUGUAUAUUCAAUGCUGUUUUUUUUUUACUCACCCCAUUCCUCUAAGAAGUUUCGAGUAGAAUCUCCUUAGUGGAAUUUUGAAAUUUUGAUCAUAUAAACUGAAUUUUUUUUCCAUUUUAUAUUUAAACCACUUUGGGAAAUGCUAUAAGUCCAAUUCUGGCACAUUAUAAUAAUGGCUUCAAUUAAUAAAGAUGUUAUUUUUACUUUAGUAACUUUAAGAUGUCUAUCUUAUAUGUAAGUUAUAUAAGACUGCAUAACAAAUUAUUAGAGUAGAAAUUUAUGGAACUCUUAGACGUUUGAAUGAGAAACAUUUUUAAAGGAACUACAAUUGUGUUUUUUGCCAAACCGGUACAAGCUAGAAAAUGUGCUAAGAACUGAAUAAUCUGCCUUGUUCUUUUUGCCACUGGAUGAUGUAAGUUGAGAACGGAAUUGUUAACCCUAACUAUGUUUUCUUGACUUUCAUCGGUUUCUAAAAAAAAAUCUAAUUUAUGUGUUUUGGAGUCUUGUUUGAUCUGUAUUUAUUGAAUUCUGGUCACACACCAGAAGUCUGCAUGUUACGCUUAUGGACAGCCAGAACACACUCAUGGGGGAACUUAAUGGCUCAAGAUUUUCUGAAUCAUUUAACUUAUUUUGUAUGUAGCAAAAAAAAAAAAUUAUUUUGCUUGAGAGUCACCUUUUUUUUUUAUAACUGUACAGCUCUUAAGGGAUGGAAAGUGGGAAAAUACCCUAAAAUAGGAUGUAGAUUUUUACAAUUGUGUUUCUGCUAGAACAUCUACAGGUGCAUUAUGUAAUUAAACUUAAAAUUGUUUAA